AUGGCCGGCCUCGCCACUGCCAUACUCCGCGGGCUGACCACCCCCGAGCACCUCGACGACCUCCUGUCUCGAGGCGCCGACGUCGCGGACCUGUCCUUCGUCGAUCCGCUGGGGAGGUCGCUGGUUCACCUGGCCGCCGAUUCCGGCGACGUCCCCGCUCUGCGCUGGGUCAUCUCGCGGGGCGCGGACCCCAGAAAGACGACCCCGAGCGGGGACACGGCGCUUCACUUGGCCGCGGCGGAGGGACACCGACAGACCGUGGCGUUCCUCUUGGAGGAGGCGUCUGUGGGGAUCCCCGGGGUUAACGCCACCGGACAAACGGCGCUCGAUCUGGCGGCGCAGGCGGGCCACGACGAGGUGGUGAGGUUGUUGGCGAGGCACCUGCCGGCGGCUGCUCCCCCGCCGCCGCCGCCCCCGGCGUCGGCGCGGGAGGCGGUGGUGGUGCCCCAGGGCGCGGGGCAGGGGGUACUACCUGGCGUUGCUGCUGCUGCUGCUGCUGAUGAUGAUGAUUCGUCGAGCAGAAAGACAUCGACGCUACCGGCAAUAACAUCACCAUCAGCGGCGGCGGCAGCCUCAAUCCGAGCACAAGCACAACCGGUAAGGGCGGAAGACCGGCGUCCGCUGGACACGGCCGUCGGAAUGGCGACUGGCGCAAACAUCAAAAGCAGCAGCAGCAGCAGCAGCAGGGGGGGGGGCAACCACAAAGGCUCGGCGACCGCUGCCAGCAAAAAAUCAGCGUCGGCAUCAAAGCCGUCGCCGAAAGGAACUAAGGGGGGCAAAGGCGGCGGUGGCGGGAGAUCCGCUUUCGAUGAGAGGGCGAUGACCGGAGGCGGAUUCUUCGUAGCAGGGGCGUGGUCCAAGGCCGGAGUGUGCUCGUGCUUCAACGUCCGGCACAGGCACCUCCUCGGCAAGCAUGGAGUGGUUUUCGACAUGGGAGUUUGUCCUUCUGAGGUCUUGCAUGUGGCGCACGUGUUCGUGUCGCACGGCCACCUCGACCACUGCGGGGCGAUCGUGUCCCACGCGCGCCUUCGGGCGCUGUCUCAGGGCCCCCCGGCGAAGUACUACAUGGGGGCCGAGCUGGCUUCCGGGAUGGAAAAGGUCCGGAAAGCCUUCGAAGAGGUAGAGGGGGCCAGCAUUGCCAUGGACAUCGUCGCGGUGGGGCCGGAAGACAGGGUCGAUCUAGGGCAGGGCUGCUUCGUGCGUCCCUUCUUGGUCAAGCACCGGGUCGACGCUUUGGGGUUUGCACUGAUGCGGCUUAAGACAGACGGCCUGAAGCACGAGUACCGACAGUUGGACGGGAGGGAGAUCGGAGCUCUGAGGAAACGUGGGGUAGACGUCCAGUCGUCCCACGAAACCGUGGAGGUGGUCUACACGGGGGACACCGUGAUGGACGGCCUCGUGUCGCAGCCGUUGGUGUGGGAGGCGCGAAUGCUCAUCAUGGAGGUCACCUACCUCGACGGCGAUGGCAGUGCGGCAGCGAAGAACUUCCACGUACACGAUGUGCUCGACAACAUGGACAGGCUCCGACGAGUGGAGCAGCUCGUCGUGGCGCACGUGUCGGAGAGGCACGGCAGCCACCGGAACGUUCUUCGCCUGCUGUCGGCGGCCCUGCCCCCGUCCUUCGUCAACAAGGUUUCGGUUGCCCUCGGAGAGUUCGGGGCCUCUCAACACCUUUCCUUCUUGGAAGACUACGUCGCCGGAGGAGAGGUCUCCUCCCCGAAGAGGCUUUCCCGCGGGGGCUCCGGCGGAGGAGAGGCAGAAGAACAAGCAGGGGGGGUGGGGGGGUUGGCGAAGGAGGAGGCGAAAGGGCGGUGA